CAUGGGUUCUAUGACCUAUUGACCUUUGUUGAUAAUUGAUUAUUCAUGGACGGGAAUUCGGGUUCGGAUACGACGAGGCCGCUGCUGGCCAAGAAUGAUCGGAGCUCCGCCGAACACGGUGGUUGGAUAGGCCGAAUCACUCGCCGAAACUCUGUUAACUCGCUCAGAGCCGCCUUCCUGUCCAAGCUUCCCGAUAAGGUCCGUUCUGGCCUUGACUCUGAGUCUCCUUUCGACCUUGAUCUCUCCACCACCACCGCCUUAAGCCAAGGAGAGAAAGAAUACUAUGAAAGACAAUUUGCUACUCUAAAAUCAUUUGAGGAAGUGGACUCUGUGGUGUCAUCUGAUUGUGUUGUUGAGGAUGACGAUGAGGAACAGAUUCAGCAAGAAAGAGCAAUGAAGAUCUCUAAUUAUGCGAAUAUAGUUUUGUUGAUAUUAAAGAUUUAUGCCACAUUAAGGAGUGGGUCAAUAGCUAUUGCAGCAUCAACUCUGGACUCCCUACUUGAUCUUAUGGCUGGUGGCAUACUUUGGUUCACUCACGUUGCAAUGAAGAAUAUAAAUAUCUACAAAUACCCAAUUGGAAAGCUGAGGGUGCAGCCUGUAGGCAUAAUUAUCUUUGCUGCUGUCAUGGCAACACUUGGAUUUCAAGUAUUAAUCACCGCUGUAGAACAACUAAUACAAAACAAACCUCCUGAAAAGAUGUCUGCUGAACAACUAAUAUGGUUGUACUCUAUUAUGAUAUUUGCAACGGUAGUGAAGCUUAUGCUCUGGUUUUACUGUAGAAGUUCAAAAAACAAGAUUGUCCGUGCCUAUGCAGAUGAUCACCACUUCGAUGUUGUGACAAAUGUGGUUGGAUUAGUUGCGGCUGUUCUUGGUGAUAAAUAUUAUUGGUGGAUUGACCCAGUUGGUGCUAUUUUGCUUGCUAUUUACACCAUCUCAAAUUGGUCUCGCACUGUCAUGGAAAAUGCAGUUUCACUAGUGGGACAGUCUGCACCUCCUGAAGUUAUGCAGAAGCUAACAUAUCUCGUUAUAAGGCACCCUCAAAUUAAACGUGUUGACACUGUCCGUGCAUACACAUUUGGCGUUCUAUAUUUUGUGGAGGUUGACAUCGAACUGCCAGAAGAUUUACCCUUAAAAGAAGCGCAUACCAUUGGAGAGAGCCUACAGAUAAAUCUUGAGAAACUUCCAGAAGUUGAGCGUGCUUUUGUUCAUCUAGACUUUGAAUGUGAUCACAAACCAGAGCACUCAGUUCUCAGCAAGUUGCCCAACUUAGGGGAUUGAGCCUGAAUUUCUUCAUGAAAAGUAAAACUGUAACAGAGCAGGAUCCAUCUGUUGGCUUAUUGUGAAAACCUGAAUCUCUUACAUAUCGGUAAAAGCUGAUGCGGCAACCAUGCUGUUGGCACACUUCCAAUCAUUUUUAAACCAAGCAAAUUUCCUUAAGUUCCAUCGGCAAGUUACAAACUUUUCAAGGUCAUUCAAAGUUCGUUAGUUAUAUAGUUCAUUUUGAAAUAAAAUAAAGCCUUGAUGAAUAACCUGUAAUAUCAUGGACAAGAUGGAUAUGGUAACUAGGUAGCAGAGAGGGCAAUGAUGAAUUGAAAGCCGGGAGAUUAUAUAAGGGGCAAAUGAUAAUUUAAUUUGGCUUUAGUCAAGAA